GGUAAAACCAAUUUGUUGGAACAAUCCUGGGUGCGUGAGGUUGCUGACGUGCAUCAGAAAACUCCGGCACAAAUUCUUCUCCGAUAUCUGCUUCAGCGAAACAUGAUUGUUAUUCCAAAAUCAUCAAAAAAGGAGCGAAUUGCUGAAAACGCCAAAAUUUUCGAUUUUGAGCUCACGGAGGAAGAAAUGCAUCGGUUGAAUUCUCUUGGUCUCAAUGAGCGCCAGUUCAAGUUUGAGAAGUAA